AUGAACAAAGAAUGGGUGCAUCUGAAUAGGACGACCAAUGAAUACUUGAUUGGCAGGCGUGCAUUCAUCAGUAACGCUUUAGACGUUGCUGCCCUUCAAGGAAAAAUUAAGUGCCCCUGUCGGCGUUGUUGCAAUAUGUUUUAUCGUGAUCCAUUUGAAGUCGAUGAACACCUCUAUGUCGAAGGUAUGGAUCCCCAUUACAUAGAUAUACCUUGGGUUGAACAUGGCGAACAGGUGCAUACUUCUGAUAACAUAUCAAGUCCAACUACUGAAGCUCUUAAUGAAAGAAGCCCCGAAAAUUUCAUGGCAGCGAUGCUUCAUGAUGUUUUCAGUAACCAUGUGCAUAUGGAUGAGUCAGACCAUGUUGCUGAAUCUUCUUCUGCGUGUGAUGAAACAACUGAUAAUGGCCAAUUCGACAACAUUCUACGAGAAGCAGAUGGAGAAUUAUAUCCAGGUAGUAGGAAGAAAAAGUUGGAUUUUGUGGUGAAAUUAUAUCAAUCAAAAUUGUUAUAUGGAAUGAGUGAUGCUGUAUUUGGUUCAGUGUUGGCACUAAUAAGAGAGCAUUUUCCUAUGUGCGAGACUCUUCCUCCAAAUUUGUACUAUACAAAGAAGAUUAUCCGGGCUUUAGGGUUGGAUUACCAAAACAUAGAUGCGUGUCGAAAUAAUUGCAUGCUAUUCUGGAAAGAGCAUGUAAAUGCCAUCGUUUGUGCAAAGUGUGGUGCUAGUAGAUAUAAGCAGAGGAAGGGAAAUUCAGGAACGAUCCAAUCUGAGUCAAUGAUAUGGCAUUCAGAGAUUAGAACUGACGAUGGUGUUUUGAGGCACCCUGCUGAUUCUCCGGCUUGGAAGCAUUUGGAUAAUACAUAUCCAGAUUUUGCAAGUGAGUGUCGCAAUGUCCGUCUUGGGCUUGCAAGCGACGGAUUCAAUCCGUUUGGCAAAAAAAGUCCCGGUGAUGUAAUUGAUGUUUUCCUGCAGCCGCUAAUUGAUGACUUACGACAUUUGUGGAUGACAGGUUUGCGAACAUUUGAUAGUCACCAUCAAGAAACCUUCACCAUGCGUGCUGCAUUGUUGUGGACUAUCAAUGACUUUCCUGCUUAUGCCAUGCUCUCAGGGUGGAGCACUAGUGGUGAGAAAGCUUGUCCGACUUGCAGUGAUGACACCGAUUCUUUAUGGCUUAAGCAUGGGAAAAAAGUUUGCAUUCAUGGGACAUAG